CGAUUGUCAAUUCUCGUCGAGUACACUGCUCCGUCGAAGUCCGUCGCUCCGAUAAACAAAAGCCUUCAGAAAAGCAUUCUUUUUCGAAUGAAAAUCGUACAUUUCGGCGCGGAAUGGGUGCUUAUUCAGUGCUAAUUGUGUCACGUAUAUGAAAUUACAUGUCGUGCGUGAUAAUUUCGCGUGGUAAAAGUGAUUCCAAGCGUGUGAAAAAUUUCAUCGACAAAUUUUCAUUCAUCUUUGACUGCGAAAAAAGGAGGAACGACCCAUUGGCUACCCGUGUAUUGGUGGGCGUUUAUUGCAUGAAAACAUAUACAAACCGUCGCAACAAUACGCAACCGGACAGCGUGGAGCGGCGACACCGACGACAAUUGCCACCAACGAACUGGUAACGGGGUGUGAUGAACGAGAAGAAAGCGCAAGCAGACGCAGCUCAACUUCUCUUUAUCCGUUCCGAGCAGCAGCAGCAGUAGUGUGGAGUUGCAAUCCACCAGUCCAGUAGUGUAUGUGAGCACGUGUAAAUGUAGCGGCUGCAAUAUCAACAACAGAACCAUGCUUAUGCUCGGCAGCCUCGACGAUGGUGUAUGUUGGGGGGUAAUAAAAAAUUAGAAAAGCAGUUAGAAGAAAAGCGGAAAAAGGCACCUCUGGUGGGAAGUUGUGCUUCUGUGUGCUAUAUGGCAACAAAAAAUCAUAAAAAAGAAAUCUGCCUUCCUCGCUGCAUGAACGUGUAGUGUUCUGCUGUUCAGUGUGAAAAGGAAUCUUUCUUCGGUGCGUGCGCGGCAAAGAGCCAAGCAAAAGUGGAACGCAGAACGGUUCUGGUUGGCACUCGGAGCAAGGAAUUAUGUUAACAGCUAUUUAUAUUGUGACGCUAGUGUUUUGUUUACAUCACGAAGUGACGAAUGGAGCUGCAACAGAAACGCUGGAUGUGACGAAUGAUGGAUCAGCCCCACCAGAACCAUUCGCCGAGAAAUUCACCCGGCGAAAGAAAACGGAAAAACUUCCAUACAGAGAUGAGGACGAAAAACUGGAGCUUGGCGUGUGUCAAGUCUACAGUGGCACCACCUGUGAAGCAUAUCUCAAGAAUCAAACCGUCUUCAUCACACCGGAUAUCACAAUGGAAAUAUUGGAAGAACGGCUGAAGGCCGCUUACGGAGUGAUUCGUGAGUCCAAAGACAUGAACGCCAACUGUAGGGUGUACGCCCUACCCAGCCUUUGCUACAGCAUUCUACCGGUAUGUCAGACGCCAGAAAAGACCAACCAUCAAUAUUUUGCAAACAGAGCCGCGGCCGAAGCCGUCAAAAGGAAUAAAAGCAAAUUCAAGUCACACGAGAAGAAAAACAACCGCAAGACGGCUUUGAAAAGCACGACAACAAUGGCAACAACUACAGAGCGAUUGAAGGUUUACUUCAGUGGAGGUGUGACUCCAAGCAUAACCAUCAAUGAUUUCAAUGGAGAUAUUGUCACUGAAAAUUCGUUGGAUGUGGCAGAACGGCGACGUCAAAGAAGAUCAAGUGACCGAAAUUUUAUUCAGCAUAAUUCGUUCAAUAAUGAUGAACGAUACUAUUCAUCGUACUCAACAAGCAGCAACAAUAAAAGGAACUAUCCACCAACCAGGAACACGGAAAACUUGAGACGAAUUUGUCGCAACGAUUGCGAGUUGUUGGAGAACGAGUUGUGUCAGAAGGAAUAUGCAAUCGCUAAGCGGCAUCCAACAAUUGGUCAGAAAUUACCCUUGGAAGAAUGUGAUGAUUUACCGUUGCAGAAUUCCGUCGAUGGAACCAUUUUGAAUGGAAUCGGAGGUUUGGGAAGCUCUGGCGAUAAGGAGUGUAUGAGGUUGGGCAUUGAAAUCGAUAUAAAUAAAGAUGAUGACUGCUACUGGGAGAAUGGGUACAGUUAUAGAGGCAUUUUGGACAAAUCCAACACUGGGAGGACAUGCAUGAGAUGGUCGAAAUUAAUGCGUGAGAUAUCCAACUAUCCCGAGCUUGCAGGACACAACUAUUGCAGAAACCCAGGCGGAGAGCAGUCGUCUCCGUGGUGCUACGUGGAUUUAAAGAAAACAAGAGAGCUUUGUGACAUUACACGAUGUUCUGAGCGGAUGUGGCUUUACAUAAUUGUGGGCUUUGUGGCAUUCUGUACAUUGAUAGUGGUAAUCGUUACAAUAGUUUGUUGUAGAAAGUACAGAAAACAUGGAGUAUCUAAUAUACAAAAUAUAAAUCUACCAAAUGCAGAUAAGAACAUUUAUGGCAACUCUCGCCAUAACUCGCCGAUUGAGAUGACAUCGUUGAUCGCAAAUCAAAAUUCCACUGGAGCUAUCAGUCGAAAUCAGGAAAACGGAGGCAUUCAAGGGUUGACCACCGGUCAGAAUGGCGGUCAUGGACAAACAUCACAAUCCCGCAACAAUGGCAUAGCUCGGGUUCCUCAGUACACUCUUCAAGAUGUGCAAUUCGUCGAGGAGCUCGGUGAGGGUGCCUUCGGAAAAGUCUACAAAGGUGAAUUAACGCAGAAAGACGGUGAGAAGAUUUUUGUGGCAGUCAAAGCUUUGAAGGAAAAUGCCAGCGCGAAAACCCAGGCCGAUUUCAAACGGGAGAUUGAGCUGAUUUCGGAUCUCAAGCAUGACAAUAUCGUAUGCAUUCUGGGAGUUGUGCUGAAAGAGGAGCCGCUGUGUAUGCUUUUCGAAUAUAUGGCUCAAGGUGAUCUGCACGAGUUUCUGAUUGCCAAUUCGCCGAAUGAAGGAAAGCAUCUGACGCAACUUCAGUUUCUUCUCAUAUCUCAGCAAAUCUGUGAUGGAAUGGAGUACCUAGCCAGUCAUCACUAUGUGCAUCGUGAUCUGGCGGCUAGGAAUUGUUUAGUUGGCGAUAGUUUAACAGUGAAAAUAUCUGAUUUUGGACUUUCGCGGGACAUUUACAGCUCUGAUUACUAUCGAGUUCAAUCAAAGUCAUUACUCCCCGUACGAUGGAUGCCGUCCGAAUCUAUUCUGUACGGCAAGUUUACCACUGAAAGUGAUGUCUGGUCAUUCGGAGUGGUUUUAUGGGAGAUAUACAGCUACGGCUUGCAACCGUACUACGGCUAUAGCAAUCAAGAAGUAAUUAACAUGGUUCGAGCCAGGCAGCUGCUACCCUGUCCGGAAGCAUGCCCAAGUGCAGUUUACUCACUAAUGGUGGAAUGUUGGCAUGAACAAGCCGUACGUCGUCCAACGUUUCCGGAAAUAGGGCACAGGCUCAAAAUUUGGUACCAAGCACAAAAGAGAACCGAGCAAAAUGAGCAAGGUUUUAACCGAAAAGGAUCCGUCUUAAGUGUCAACAAUCAACGAAUGUCCUCGCAGGGGAAUUUGAAUGCUAUCACACCCUCGUCUUCAUCUAGCCACCAGUCCUUGAGUCGAAACCCGCAGAUGGAACCACGUGAUCUGCAACAGCCUCAUCAAUCUCACCAACAGCCCCGAAAACAUCAUCACUCUCUAGAGCGAGAGAAAAUUCUUCGAACGAGUCAACAACAAACACACCAGCAACAACCUCAUCAUCACCAUUCUCGGUCCCACCACCAUCAUCACAACUCCCUCGAUCGAUCCAACAGUGCUAAAAUGGAAGAAUCCGAACAGUUCGAGACUCAAAGUAACCGCAGCUUCUACCACAAUUCCGGUACAAGCCGUAGCAGUAAGAGCAUACAUUCGAUGCAAGAUCAGUCUCAACUCCCGCAAUCACAAAUCCCCCAUCAGCAUCAGGUCCCAGGUCCUCAAACCUACAAAAAUUUCAGUCUGCCUCGGAAAAGCAUAGACAGUAAUUUAGAAUUCGGAGAUGGCGACACGACUGCCGCAAGCAGUCCCGGCACCGGUUACUCCAAUCGCGAAUCAAAACGUCCUCCAAAAGAUCCGCACCGUCACCAUCACCAUCAUCACCACCACGGAUCGGGUCGAAGCCGACGGAUGGACAACUCCUCGGGAACCAUGUCGAUAUCCUCUCUGAACAGUGAGGCGGAUCUGAAUCAACAGACCCAAAUAAUACCAAAGAAUAGCACCCAGUCUCUGGCUCAGCCACCCAUGAAUCGAAAACCUAGCAGCAGCGGCAGCAUCCUUAGCGUAGCCAGUGAAUCCAACAGUUCCUUUGGUGGUAAUAUGCAUUUUAAUAACUUAGCAGCGACUCCGUCGAACGAUAGUCCAGCCGCACCUGCCGGUCCUUCGGGGGGACCUGCCCUUAUGCAGAGUUCUUACCACGAGGGAUAAACCUCAGUGCGACAUUUGUUUUUAACUUUUUAAUUUAUAUCACAGUGCAUGCAUUUAUCGUAGUACUUAAGGAGUCCGGCAAGAUACAGCCUCGUGAAGAUGUAGGAUUUUUAGAUAAGUAAAGAAAGAUUGUAGUCAUUCCUUAUAAGGAAUGGGUAUGCAUACGACAAAUGGUUCUCAAAACUCGAACACUACAUAGAUAGACAACAACGAGAUGGGCUGUUUUUUAUCUAUACGUGUAACAGUGAUCUCUAAUUUGGACUUGUAGGAAAGUAACAUGGAUGACUGUCUUUAGUUGUACUCGUCAGACAGAAAAUACACAAAACAAAAAAAAAAGUAUUAAUUUCGAGCACGGCACAAUCGCCCAGCAACGGGUUCGGUGCUUGAAGACUGAUUCGAUAUAUUCUCUCCAUGCAUUUCGCACUUACCAAGUUUACAGAAAAUAAAAAUAUGAAGAUUGCUUUCAGAAGCAACAACUAUCAAUUACGCCAAUUAUGGAUCUUUUUCAAAGUAUAUCAUUAGCUUUUAUUUAUAUGUGUGUGAAGUCAUCCAUUUCAAAUGUAUUCUCAUCUCAUUGAGCUAAACUAAAAGCAGAAAAAAAGAGACAAGGGUAAAUGUCUAGUGAAAUAAAUUUAAGUAUUACCGGA